AUGGUUUUCUUAAGCAGUGCCGUAUCCGAUGCUCGAAUAAAUGAAAAGGAUGAAAGCGGUAAAUCGCUGUUUUCAACUUGCGUUUAUGGUUCUCGCUGGUCCGCACAGCCCAUUCCAAAAUAUUCCUUACCUGAAGAUGAAAUGCCACCAAAUGUCGCCUAUAAACUCAUCAAAGAUGAUCUUGCGUUGGAUGGUAAUCCAGUACUGAACUUGGCAUCCUUCGUUACCACUUAUAUGGAAGAAGAGGCUGAGAAAUUAAUGGCAGAAAAUUUGUCUAAAAAUUUUAUUGAUUACGAAGAAUAUCCUGUUUCCGUUGAAUUACAAAACCGCUGUGUCAACAUUAUUGCCCGUCUUUUUAAUGCUCCCAUGGACGAUCCGAAAUCUGAGGCAAUGGGCGUUUCAACCGUAGGUUCUUCCGAAGCCAUUAUAUUAUCCGUGUUAGCGAUGAAAAAAUUGUGGCAAAAAAGAAGGAAAGAGGAGGGAAAGCCUAUUGAUAAACCAAAUUUAGUAAUGGCUGCAUCAGUUCAAGUUUGUUGGGAAAAAGCAACCAGAUAUCUUGAGAUCGAAGAAAAAUUUGUUUACUUGACUGAAGGUGUCUAUAUUCUAGAUCCCGUAAAAGCAGUUGAACUUGUUGAUGAGAAUACAAUCGGCGUUUGUGUUAUAUUAGGAUCAACUUAUACUGGUCAUUAUGAAGAUGCGAAAACGGUCAAUGAUCUUUUAAAAGUCAAAAAUGAAGAAACUGGUUGGGAUGUACCAAUUCAUAUUGAUGCUGCAUCCGGUGGAUUUGUUGCUCCAUUUGUGAACCCUGACCUUGUUUGGGAUUUUAGGCUUGACUUGGUUCGUUCUAUCAACGUUUCUGGUCAUAAAUACGGAUUAUGCUACCCAGGUAUUGGAUGGGCAAUCUGGAAGUCUCCAAAAUAUUUACCGGAAGAGUUGGUUUUUAAUGUGAACUACCUUGGAUCAGACCAAGCAUCUUUUACGCUAAAUUUCUCCAAGAGCGCUUCAAAUGUGAUCGCCCAAUAUUAUGUAUUAAUUCGAAAUGGACGUAAAGGAUUUACAUCGAUCAUGAACAACUUGAUGACUAUCUCUAAUUAUCUUGCUCAAUCAUUGGAGGAUACUGGCUUUUUUGAAAUUCUUAGUGACAGAAAUAGUGCUGGAUUGCCACUUGUAGCUUUUAGGUUAAAGAUUACGGAUAUUCAUUAUGAUGAGUUUGAUGUAGCUCAACGUCUCCGUGAACGUGGGUGGAUUGUACCUGCAUAUACGAUGGCACCAAAUACUCAGCAUAUCAAAUUGAUGCGAGUUGUAGUUCGGGAAGAUUUUUCACGCGAACGGUGUGAUAUUCUAGUCACUGAUAUUACAUCUACUAUUAAUCUUUUGAAUAAAUUGGACAAAGAAACUCUCUAUAAGAAAAGAACCUCAACUGCAAGUUGGAAUCUACUAAAAGGCGUUACAAGAGCUACUUUUGGUAGUGUUAAAAAUACAUCACAUAAAACUAAUG